AUGAGAAUUGUAACGGAUAAUGGUAGACCUUUCAAAAAGCAUGAAGUGGCAAAGAUUUGUGAACAAUUCUAUAUUCAGCAACGCUUUGCAACUCUAUAUUAUCCUCGGAGCAAUGGUCAAGAAGAGGCAACCAACAAAACAAUUCUGAAAAUUCUGAAAAAGGUUGUCAAUGAAGCAAGUCAAGAUUGGCACAUACAUCUUAAUCUUUCUCUAUGGGCUUACAGAUCAGGUGUAUGCAUGAUGACAGGUGCCACACCAUACUCUUUGGUAUAUGGUACAAAAGCCAUUUUUCCUAUUGAAGUAGAUUUAUCAUCACUGAGGAUCUCUUUAAAGAAUAUCAUAUCUGAUGAAGAUCAUAGAGUUGCAAGGUUGCAAGAGUUGGAACUCUUUGAUGAAAAGAGACAUACUUCUCAACCACUUACAAGGUUAUCAUAA